AUGUCCGCGAUACAAACGCAGCAGGGCCAUCAAGAUGGAUGGUUUGCCGAAUUAGAGGCGGAACUGAAAGCACACCUAACGCUCGUGGACGGAAAUUCAGCCAGUACAGAGCAGGCAGCCAGGAAUAAAACGAGGGAGCAAUUGAGAACGGCACCGAUUCAUUCUGCCAAAGUGCGCGCGGCUUUUGGCAAAAACAGGGCCAUGCAAGAGAAUGAAUUUAUCGAAGCCGACAUAGAUGCUUUUCCGCAAUACGGGUUGAUUGGCAAACGCCUUGCGACUUAUGGAUACGGCAGCGAAAAUAUCCAGACCGGCGAGGCAGAAGAUGAUUUAAUCUAUACAAACACGAACGCCCCAUGGUCGGCCUUUAUCUGCGGAAGUCAAGGUAGCGCGAAAAGUCAUACGCUGUCUUGCAUGUUAGAAAAUGCCCUUUUGGCCCCCUCGCAGACAGGGAAAUUGGCAGCACCAUUAACCGGUUUGGUGCUCCAUUAUGAUCGGUUUUCCGGUUUCGAAGCAGGUCAGCCCUGUGAAGCAGCUUACGUCUGCUCGUCUGGAAUCCCGGUGCGAGUGCUUGUAUCGCCAUCUAAUUAUCAACAUAUGAAAAGCCUAUACGAGAACUUGGAGGGGCUGUCGGAUGGUUCGCCAAAACCGGUUGUAUCGAAGUUGAAGUUUGCAGAGAAACAUUUGAAUAUUACCAUGAUGAAAGCGCUGAUGGCUGUGGAUGGUGAAGGUCAGGAGCCAUUGUAUAUGGAAGUUGUGACCCAAAUCCUCCGCGAGAUGGCGCAGGAGUAUGAAAGCAGUCGUAUCAACUAUCACGAGUUCAAAUGCAAAUUGGACAGGCAAAUUCUAGCUCCUAAUCAGCGAUCCCCCCUUGCUCUGCGGAUGAGUCUAUUGGAGUCAUUUCUUGAGGUUGAGGAACAACGGCCGAAGCGUCGGGGUCAAAGCGCGAUCAAAGGCAAUGCUGAGGUCGACAAGAUGUGGAGUUUCGAAAAAGGUUCUCUGACCAUUGUAGACCUCAGCUGCCCAUUUGUGGGUGCAAACGAUGCCUGUGCGCUGUUCAACAUCUGCUUGAGUAACUUUCUGGCAGCGCGUGGGGAGGGAAACCGGCUCGUCGCACUGGACGAAGCGCACAAGUUCUUGACUACCACUGGUCGCGAAGCAAUUGAACUGACGGAGAACCUUCUCACCAUCAUCCGUCAGCAACGGCAUCUCGGGACUCGAGUAAUCAUUGCGACCCAGGAGCCCACCCUGUCCCCCAAGCUCCUGGACCUCUGUGACGUAACUGUUGUACAUCGUUUCUCAUCGCCAGAGUGGUACAAGACGCUCGAAGGUCAUCUCGCUGGGGCAGUCGUCGGAGCGACGGAGGAAGAACGUUCCAGGUUCAGCCGAAACAGCAUCUUCCAGGAUUGUCUUGCUUGA